AUGGAUAGUGGCACUUCACCUCGCUGGAGACCAGAGCCCCACUCUAUGGCUUCAUCGGGAAGCAACGGGUUAAUCACGAGGCUUCCAGAUGUCCCGAUUCCGCGCACCGCCGCCACAAGCCGGCGCCUUAUUGGCGCCUCGGACUACAUCUCCCAUCAUCCCCGGCCGAGCGUGGCCUGUGCCGGUCGGGACUGUUGGGAGUUCUGGUCCGGCACACCUGGAAGGCGGCAGGUUAGGAGAAGGCUGCGGGAAGCAGAGAGCCGGCGGCUGCGGGAUGCGAGACAUGAAGCGAAAGGGUUGCGCGUGCCUGGCGCUCUCUCUCCUCCCCGGCUCUGCGGGGAACGGGCGGAACCGCCGGGUAAAGAGAGGCUUCCUCCUGGCCAUGUCCGUGGGCUGCAAGCCGGAGAAGAGGAAGAAGAAGGAGAGGGGGAGGCUCAGGCCUCUGCGGCAGAGAUGGAGAAAAUAAGCACGCUACAGGAACAGAAGGGAGAACUCUGUAAGCGUCUUUCCUACACAACUCACAAACUGGAAAUGCUUGAAACUGAAUUUGAUUCUACACGCCAAUAUCUUGAAGUAGAACUGAGACGUGCUCAGGAAGAACUUGAAAAAGUGACAGAAAAGCUGAGACGGAUACAAAACAAUUACCUAGCCUUACAAAGAAUUAAUCAAGACCUAGAAGAUAAAUUAUACAGGAUGGGUCAACACUAUGAAGAAGAAAAAAGAGCAUUAAGCCACGAAAUAAUAGCCCUCAAUAACCAUUUGAUAGAAGCCAAGGUGACAAUUGAUAAAUUAUCAGAAGAUAAUGAGCUCUAUAGAAAGGAUUGCAAUUUAGCUGCUCAGCUGCUCCAGUGUAGCAAGAAUUACGACAGGGCGCAUAAACUUUCUGAGCUGCCAGCUGAAUUUCAGGAACGUGUCAGCAUCCAUCUAGAAAAGCAUGGAUGCAGCCUCUCGGUACCCCUGUGUCAUACAUCAUUUGCUGAUAACAUACCAACUUGCGUCAUUGCAAAAGUCCUGGAAAAGCCUGACCCAAACAGCCUUUCUCCCCACAUGUCAAGCCCAUCGAGCAGAGACCUUGCCUUCCAGGAAUCUGUUGGAAAGCUUGGCCAAAGACCUCAGUACAAGUCUGACAUUUAUUGCAGUGAUACAGCUCUUUACUGCCCUGAGGAAAGAAGGCGGGAGAGACGGCAGAGUGUAGACAUGCAAGUAAAGGGCGUUGGGUUCUUGAGGUCCCAGAAUUCCACUGACAGCACAGUUGAAGAAGAUGGCUUCCAUUCCAGCUUCUCUCAUGAAGCUUUCCCAGAAUAUGUUACCUCUCUACCUACUUCUAGCUCCUACUCCAGCUUUAGUGUAACUUCUGAGGAGAAGGAGAAUGCCCAAGCUAGCACCUUGACAGCCUCCCAGCAAGCCAUUUACCUGAGCAGCCGCGAUGAGAUGUUUGAAAGAAAGCCAUCUUCAGGUUAUGACCAGGGGAGUCCAAGGUUUGCCAAGGCUAAAUCUAUUCAGCACAUGGAGCUGGCAGAUGACAAUGAGAACUCCCCUACUUUCACUAGGACUAUGUCACCUUAUGCAAGUGAGCCUUAUCAUUUCUCGGCCAUAACAACUCAACAAGCUUUAGCAUCGCAGAAGAUGCGCAGUGAAUGCAGGAACACCCAUUUGUCAGAAGAAGACCUGCCUGGACAGUGGAGACAGCUUAGUGUGGAAGAUAUUGGUGCAUAUUCUUACAGGAACAGUGGCAGGCUUUCACCCUGCAGCUUUUCAGAGCAGUAUUACAGAAGUCCUAUAAAGAAAGGAGACAGUCGGUCAAGUCCCAUUUAUGCUAGUUACAAAGGUGAUAGCUUCUCAGAGGGAGAUGAUAUUUGUCAAAGUAGACUUGUGGACUCUUGCUUCCUGAGGACAGACAGUGGUCUGAAUAUUGACAUAAGUACCAGUUGUAAGCAGGACAAAUUGUCCUCUUAUAAAACAAAAGAACCAAGGGACAAAAAAAGUGAAAGAAUCACAGUCCAGGUGUGCAGUAGCAAAAGCAUUGAUGGGAGUCCUGUGUUGAAAAGAGAAUACGUUGACGUUAGUCCAAACAGCUCAGCUGAGUCCCUCAACCAGAGUUCCAUGGAGGCUUCAGAGAUCCAUCAGUCUUCCAUUGAGCAAGGAAGCCAUUCAAGCCUCCAUAGCAAGCAGCAGCAGUUUCAACGGACUGGAAGUACAGGCUUGAGUCGAAAGGACAGCCUCACAAAAGCACAAUUGUAUGGAACUCUCCUUAAUUGAAACAUCUUCCAAAGCUGCAAUAAGGAGAUAGAACAACAGCAACUAUAAUGACAUUUGACACUUCCAGCAUCCUGUAGGUUUCUGAGAAACUAUACACAGAGAGAGAGAGAGAGAGAGAGAGAGAGAGAGAACAUACACGUAUACAUAGUCACAAUGGUACUGUUUUAAACAGGAAAAAAAAACCAGAAACCUGAUAAAAGCAAAAGAAAAAUAUUACAAGACACUUUUCACAUAAUGACUUUUCCAUCUUGGAUACUAACCCUUUGCCCACUUUUAUAACCUAAUAUAUUUUUAUAAACAAAAUGGUAUUUAUUAGAUUAUCCUUAGUACUCUCAAGCACUUUGAGUGACAUUUUUGUCCCCUUCAAGUAGGUUUCUUAUUUAUUUUUUGUGCAUGAGGCCACAUGUGCCUAAACUCUUGGAGGAAAAGGGUUAAAA